AAAUGGGAAAAACUGAACUCAGUUCCACUUUGUUACGGAGCACGAGACGACACUUAUGGGGAGUUUGCAUUUAGUAAAGCAGGCUCCAUUAUGAAGCUUACUCUCACCCAUAUCAAUGGGUUCCUGAGUUGUAAUCCCAUGUACCCCCCGUCUUAUUGGGGCUGCGAUCACCCCAGUUUAGCCCAAGGCAAACUAAUGACCCUCGUGACCUUCCAAAAUAGAACCCGUCUUCAACCUGCCAAAAUAUUCGGCAGCCCCUGCAAUCCUCAGUACAACAUCAAUGGUUCGAGUCUUAAUUCUACGUUACUCUCCUUCGAACCUUUCGACAUUCCAUUAGCCGCAUCAGUAGAUGACAAUUUCCAGAUAUGGUUCGGCCAGGACUUUACCAAUUGCUCGGAGGACAACAAUGCAGGCGUAAUUUGUGUCGACGUGCAUGCACUGUAUUCUUGAGCUGUCAGCAGGAUGUACCAGAGUACAGUAAGAAAAAAAAAAUGCUCAUGUUGUUGCUGCUGGUGAUGAUGAUCAUGAUGACAACGACAAAAAAAAACUAGAUACCAGUCAACGCACUGUCAUUUUUCGGAUGGCGUAAUUUUGGAACUCCACGUAUUUGAGAUUGACCUCCAUUCAUUCGCCCCAAGUGAGGGAACCCAAGACAGUCUUGGAUUCUGGAAUCCAAGCUGUGGAUUCCAGAUUCCAGGUACUGGAUUCCAGUCUUUGUCAGUGAAACUUGGAUUCUGCAUUCUAAUCAUCAGUGGGAUUGCAUUUGCGGAUUCCUUGAGCUGUAUUCCGGAUUCCAAACCCCAGGAUUCCGGACUCCAUAACCAAAAUUUUCCGAGGUUGCAAAAUUCCACAAGCAAAAAUUAUUCGGAUUCCGGAAUCCGUAUUCCCUUAAAUGAGGCGAAUCCAUCUCACAGACAUGGAACGAGACGGAGGGGAGAUCGUUGUAAUCAUAAUCGUCCUGAUCGUUGAAUUCCUAGCGGAUGCCUUGAAACACUCAAAGAUGAGAAAAAUGGAAAAAUUGGGCCGGCGCUUUCCAUUUAGUCAAAGUUUCCUGAAAUUUCGAUUCGGCAGUAACUGGAAAACGUUUCGUCGGUUCGUCUCACUGGAAAAUUCCAGGAAAACGUAGAAAACCUAAAUAGGUAGGCCCGUUUUCCCGGUUGGAACUUGCCGAACGGAAUUCGUGUUCCCGUUUCUCGUACUUCAUACCAGUUGCAAAAUUGUUGCCAACUCGGCAGCCAUCUUGGUCUCAGGUCGGGUAAAGCGCUCAGCGCCGUACCAGGGUUUACGAUCAAAUGGAACAAUUUUUUACCUAUCGGAAAAAUCCAUUCUCACCGAAAUUUCCGGAUUUUUUACCUAAAUGGAAAGCGCCCUUGAUUUUCUUUGAAGAACUGGAAGCCCCCAAAAGUUUUGCUGCUACUUUAGCCUUAAACAGGCUUGAUUGCGAAGAUUGAGAAGCCUGAUUUCCCGCUAAAAUGUGAUGUAUCUGUGGCCUGAUUUUUUAAAACGCACCUACCACAACAUUUAAGCCAUUGGACUGAAAAAGGAGGUCAAAAGGAAUUUUUUUGCUGGAAAAUCGCACCAGAAUAAGGAAAAGAAAAAAUAUACGUAUUAAAGAACGAGGAGAUGGAAAGGAGGAGAAGAGAAGAAAAGCAAUGUUUGCUAUCUUAUUUUUUACAUUGGCCGGGUUACGUUUCUUGAAAAAAAUCCAAAUAGAUCUCGAAGAACCUAUUAGGAUGAAUUGUAAAAAUCGAUCCUAACAUUCAUCAAUUAGGAUUAUAUGUUGGGCAGGGGAAACUUGAUAUUAGAAAGUGAGUCAAUAUUAAUGUUGAAAAAUUAGCAAUAACAGAUUCUUUUUGUAUGUACCGUAACAACAAAAGAAACUGCAAAGGAAGCUAAAAUCGUAUCUCCCUGAGAGGUGUAUUAUUUGCUUUUCUCUUUCUUUACAUUUGUACUUCUAGAAGGUCAUCAAACAUUAAUAUCACUUGUUUUCAUUACACCAUGCGUUUAGGUAGGUCAUCUAUUAAAGAUUCAGCCUGCGUGGACGGAUUGUUACUUAGCGCGAGCAAAUUUUUGGCAGAGGAACUGAGAAGCCCUGAGGAAAAUGAAGAGGAGAAGCUUGGAAAUUUCUCGUGCCUUCGGCGCUCGCUUCUCGCGGCAAUAUGCCGCAAGAAUGUCUUCGCCGCCAAACCUCUCACACGCGCAAAAAAAAUUCCGACAGCUGCGCUGGCUAUUAAAGGUUGACUCAUAUUCGUGUACAAAGCAGCAAGCAGCCCCCAGUUGCUUCAAAGAUAUAUUGUCAUAAUAUGAAAAUAAACACAAAAAAUCGAUUUUAUUGUUUAUUUUCUUAAUUUUAAUAAUUGAUCACGUGCGUAUCCAUUUAUCCUUUCUUAGUUAAUUUCACUGUUGUCAAUUGUGACCUUUGGGUGUUUUUCUGCUGGCCUAUUUUGCGACGAGUAGCAUGGAUCCAAUGUCUCUCGUUCUGCGGCCUUGACGAGGUUUUCUGAUAUUACGUUUUGCAACAUUUAUAGUCUGGUUUUUCACCAAAAAAUGGCAUGGCUACUCAGUUGGUAGGCUAACAUUCUUUUUUUCACCUAGUCAAAGCCGCAUAACUGGCGGUUAAGUUAGGCUGGAACGCGGCGAAAAAAACUUUUCAAAGGUCUCUUAAUUGCGCUCCACCAAAGAAACUGGCCGGUAAACGACAGGUUUUGCAAAGUUUAUUAUUUGGCUGGCGAGACAACCAACUGAUACGGGGUAACUUUCUGUUUCGUGGAGGGGCGAAUUAAGCCGAGAGAACGCUAGAAAAAUUCUUUGAGAGAUUUCAUAAAUUAUUUAAUUUGGCUGACCUCAACGUGAAAUGAUACUGGCCGCACAUACGAAAAAGGCAAACUAUGCGCGCAACUUGAAAUAUUGAGAAAUUAAGCCAAAAGCAUCACCUUUAUGUUACGACUUUUGGACUACAAACGCGACCGUUGUUGUAACAGUUCUGGCGACCGGUAAAGAUCACUGCCACUUUUGGCGUAGCCUGCGUGGCAGGCGUUAAACGGGUGAGGGGAAGAGGGAACUCGGGCGCGCUAGGAGGGGGAACAUGCAACUUUUGACGUCAUAAUGCGCAGUAGGUGAUGCACAGUGUAAAACAAAAUUGGAUGGGAACAGGGCAUUCUCCCUCUCCCGGUUCGUCGAGAGAGACAUGUCCAAGUUUGCACGCAGCUGUAACAAAUGCGAAAAACUGGAGAAAUCGCAGACUUUGUUGACACUGGAAAAUUUAAGUGUUAGAGGAGGCGAGGAGGUAGAGGGGGGCCCAACAAAAUCUCGCAAACACGGGAAAAUCGCAGUUUUUUCGCAGCUGCGUGAGAACCUGGACAUAAGUGGGCUCGUCAGGUGAAUUCUAUAAUUCAAUUGUCUGCAAUAACGCUACUUGUAACUAUUUACUCUAUUUCUGCCAGGCGUAUAUUGUACUGGAUUCAGUGAAGAGAUCAUGUAAAAUAGAAAAAAUUGUGCCUCUUCACGAUGCAUAAACCUUAGCAGCUUAUCAUUGUUUGUUUUAUUCGUUUAUACUGCUACCCGGAAAAGGUUUGUAAUUUUCACAUGUAGGUGUUUCAAAUUAAGGUGAAAUACCACUGCUAUAAGCCAAUCAAAUUGCAGAAAUUUCUCAUGUAGUAGUAUAAUUCCUUUAAUAGAGGGAAUUUCAGUGUUGCAAGAUUGUCGAGUGGUGCAGUUCGAGCCUCCAACCCCUAAACGCAGCUUGGAAGGUCAUGUGAUGAAAAGCUUCUGGGUAAAAUCAGGAGAAUCGUGUGAAGCCAACUGCUUUGAAGAUGACGACUGCAUGUCAAUCAACUUUGGACCAGAGACUCAAGGAAAGCAUUUAUGUGAACUGAGCCGCUCUGAUCACCAUCUACAUCCUGAGGAUCUGAAGGAACGACCGAAGUUUAUCUACAAGUCUGCGUUGGUCAGUGAAAACAUAUAUACUGUCAAUGUAGGCUUCAAUAAAGCAGAACUUAACUUCGGAAUAUUACAGUCAGCUCUCAUUAAAGCAACACCGUUAGGGACUGGCAUCUAAAAGGGUGUGCGGCAGUCUAUAGAGUUAAAAAAAAUCAUCCUCGGCGGUGGGGGAGGGGAGGGUCUGGCUUUUUCAGUGCAACCAUUGUUGACACACAUUCUACAACACUUAAAAAGUUAAUGCUUUAAUUUAUAUGUUCAAUCAAUCAAUCAAUCAUCAUCAUGAAAAUGAUAAUGAUAAUAAUAACAGUCGUAAUAAGAAUGACAGUUAACUGUAAAAUAAUGAUUAAGAAUUAUCACGAUUCUAUCGAAGAAACAACAGCAAGUAUUCUUUAUUGUUUCAACAGAAUUAUUGCUCAAGCAGGCCAUGUCCUCCAGGUUACAGAUGUCAAACAGGCUUUACCAAUAAACGAUAUCGAUGCAUAGGUAACUUUACUAUAAUUCCAAUUCGUUCAGGGUUCAUUUAUUAUUUACUCAUUAGUUAAUUUAUUUAGUAUAUUUUCGUUUACAAUGUACGUUACCCCUUUUUAAUCCUCUUAGAUGCCUAAGACUGUUAUUUUUGGAAAUGUGCGGUGAGAACCAUGAAUAACUUAGAACCUGGUCUUAUUCUACCGAAAUAUAAGUGUCAGCUAAAUCAGCGUGGCUCAUGAUAAUGGCCGAUAGAUAGUUCCAGUUUCUGCUAAAUUGUCUGCUUUCUUUCAGCGCAAUUUACAGCUUGCGAGCUGUAAAAUUUUUUUGUUUUUGGAAUUUCCACGGGAUUGCACACUUCCGGUCCAUAUUUUCUGAAAUUCCCUCUUAAUUAUCUUUAAGCUGAGCGACCAUGUGACGUUCUAAAGAAUUUGUUGUUGUUGUUAAAGAAUUAUGCCAAUUAUGUCGGCUUGCUCUAUAGUUAGUAAAUUUGAAUUACGUUUGGCUGUAAUUAUAAUUACGAUUAUGAUUUUUUUCUCGCUAGCUCAAUUGUUCUUUUCUUUCCUUGAAAAAAGGAAAACUGUAGUUGCCUCCUUUUUUUCAGUAAACUGGAAAAAGAUCAAUAAUGAACCCAUAUGCUUUGGAGCGGGAGGUGACUCAUACGGGACUUUCAAUAUCAUAGAAAACGGAUCUAUCUACACCUUUAAACUCGUCCACUUGCAUGGUAGUGUACGCUGUCACGGAAGUGCGCCUGCAUCAUAUUGGGGAUGCACACAUCCCACGUAUGGGGACAAACAGUUAGGGACCAUCAUAACGUUCGCGAACAAGACUGCUCUGCAACUCGCAGAAUAUCGAGGAGACGGCAAGGGUUGUGGAUAUUAUUCAUACAAGCUCGACAAAGUAGCUGUUAACGCUUCUAUUCUUCAAUUUAACAACCUUCCUUCUCCUCUGGCCGUGUAUUCUGGGCAAGAAUUCCAAGUAUGGUUUGGUAGAGACUUGUACAACUGUGGCGAGCGCACUAACAGCGGCCAGAUGUGCAUUGAUGGUUAUGCGUGGUAUGCGUGA